AUGAACUUUGCUGGUAAAGCUUAUUUGAAGAAGAGGAACCUCCCUGUAAUCAAAGAAAAAGAACUUGAAGAAUCCUUUGCGCCUGCAAGCAGUCAGCUAUCUGAAGCAAAUUUAGAAAAAUUUAAUGCUUUAGAAGAGAAAAAAGAAGUAGAAGCAGCUCCGAGAAGACGAAUCAGACGCCAACGUAGCGUUGAGUCAAUAACAAAGCUUUCACUUGACCGAUCUUUAAGCAGCGAAAGUAACUCUGAACACGAUGAAGACAUGGAAGGUAUAGAUUACUCAGACGAAGAACUCUUUAAGGCUAAUGAAGAGCAAAAAAUAGGUGAAGAAAGAUAUCAUCUUAAAGUCGAUACCAACGUCGUUUCAAUUGCUUUAGGAACUCUUCAACAAGCAGGAAUAUUUGCUACUGGAGAGCCAGUCUUUUGUCCUUCUUGCCAAGCUGCAUUGAACUGUUAUUCCCGUAUCAUUAAUAACCCUGAUGACACCCAAACAUGGAAAUGCGAGUUCUGUGAAGCAGAAAAUACUAUAAAUGUCGAAAAUGAAGAAAUCCCUCAAGGAGAAACCCUUGAUUAUAUGAUAAUGUCAGCGAAUCAAAUGGCAGAAGCUAAUCAAUCUGCAAGUGAAGAAAACAAAGAAAUUCAUGUUGUAUUUUGUAUCGAUAUAAGUGGUAGCAUGUGCGUAAGUGAAGCAGUCACAGGAAAAAUCCAGCUAAAAACCCAUAAGAAAAUUGAUCUGGGGAUUUCUGAUUUUGAUAUGAACGAGCAGUUUAUGGAAGGGGAGCAUCAGAUCACUUAUGUUAGCCGACUGGAAUGUGUGCAAGCAGCAAUUGAAGCCCAACUUCAGCAGAUGGCAGUUGCAACACCUGAUAGAAAAGUGGGGAUUGUUACGUUUAAUUCUGAAGUCUCUAUCAUAGGAGAUGGAACUGCUGAAGCGGUUACACUUGUGGGGGAUAAACUUUGGAAUUUUGAUACUUGUUUGCAAACUGGAAUUGCAUCUGAAAGCAGAAUGAGGCAAACCAUUCAAAAUACAAAGGAUAGUAUGGUCGAAAAAUUGAUUAAUUUAUAUGAAGGAGGCCCAACUGCACUUGGCCCUGCAUUAGUUGCUGCUAUUGGUAUUGCUACUAAUGGAAGACCAGGCUCAAAAGUUGUAGUCUGCACUGACGGUCUUGCUAAUGUCGGCCUUGGGAAACUAGAUGAAACUCAAGAUUGGGAACAAGCUGAAAUGUUCUACACCAAAGUAGGAAAUCUAGCUAAAGAGAAAGGAAUUGAAAUCUCGGUUAUCAGCAUCACUGGAGAAGACUGCAAACUGUCUCAGCUUGGAAGAGUUUGUGAGCUUACAGGAGGUGACAUUGUAAGAGUGAGUCCUCUGAACAUUGCUAAUGAAUUUGCAAGCAUUCUACAGACCCCUGUAAUUGCGACACAAGUAUCAGCUUUAAUUAAGCUUCACAGAGGCUUGAUGUUUAGAUAUCAGAAUGAAGGACUAAUAGAUCCUAGCACUCUGAAAAAAGAGCUAGGAAAUGUGACAGCUGAAGCAGAGUUCACAUUUGAAUACUCCACAAGACCUUCUACAGAAUUAGAAGCACUAGGCAUAGACCCUGGAAGCAAUGAGAAAAUUCCUUUCCAGACCCAAAUUCACUUCACUAAGCCUGAUGGGAUGAGAUGCAUGAGGGUAUUGACAAGUUUGCAAGAUGUGACUGAUGAUUUAGAUGAAGCAGCCACAAAUGUGGACUUAAAAGUGUUAGGAGUUAAUGCCGCUCAGAGAUCAGCCCAGUUGGCAAGCCAGGGAGAGUAUCGAGAAGCUCAAGCAGUCAUGAGGUCUUGGAAAAGAAUGAUGAAAAGAAACGCAGGUGAAGAGCAGCAGCAUUAUGUCAACUAUUAUCUGGAUAAUAUGACAGAACUUAAUAGAAAUCUCAACGAUGUUAUAGAAGGAGAAAAACUGUCUAGUCAGGAUAUGAGAAGAGAAGAAUUGCAGCAAGCAAGAAAUAUUAGCAGAAAUGACCAUCUGAGUCAUAUGGCUUUUAGAGCCAAAAAUGCAAGCAGCAACCAAAAGAAAGAAUGCACUAUUAUGUAG